AAUCGAAGAAAGUCAGUUAUGCCGGAACAUGAUCGCCGACGAAGGAAGUACUACUCGUACUACUGUUUAAUGAAGAACUUCUUCCUCAAACAAUCACGUUUUAGGCACUGCAACUGUGGCCGUGUGGCGGGGAAUUUUGUAAGGUCGCUUUUGAACAUAUAUUCUUAGUGGAUAUUGUACUAAGUCUCUGAUCCUAUUGUUAGUGAUUAACAAAAGAAUUUUACAGUUUAGCUUAAUUUACCUUAAAUUCUCUUCCUCUCUCUUUCUUUUUUCUCACUGCAGAAACAAAUGUUUUGUUUUGCAAUGGAGCUACAAACUACAACGCAUUCAAUGUCCUACGGGAAGCUACUUACUUUUCUAUUUUUUGGAGUACUGUGUCCGCAGUUCCUAGCCAAAGUUCUACCGGCUGCAGACAAUGCUUCAGCACUGCUUCCCAAUUCCCCGCUUUCAACACCAACGCAAGAUAUGAAUGAAACAGCACUUACGCCCAGUUCAAAUGCCACCAGAGUUCAAGUGCAACUUGUACGUUUUGAAAAUCCUAAUUCCUUGAUGUUUGAUGGACGAUACUGUGAUGUUGUCAGCAAAUGCGAUCCCCGAAUCGCCGUGGAUCUGGACGUGGAAUCACCCUAUGCAAUAUGGCCUGGACCACGGCAUCCGGAAACAUACCAGAUACUUUACGAGAUUAGCAAUCAAGAUGUCUUUAAUAUUGCCCAAGCUGUUUCAAAGGAUUUUUGUCCCGGAAAGAAACUAGGAAAUACGGGAAAUCUACGAGUGCAAAUUGUGGAUAUUGACGAUAUUUCAUCGCCUGAUUUGAUAAAUCGGUUUGAAUGCCUUUUCGAAUUUAAAAAAUUAGCGGAACAUGCUAACGAGGAACAUGCGGACAUCACACCAUGGAGUCGAAUUAAAGAGUGUACUGCGACCUUUCUAGAUCCUUCCAGUUUCAAGCUAUACUACCGAUACCGCAUGUACAAGAUUCCUCUGAACCAACAUAUAGUCUGCUAAACAGCAUCCUGUUUGUCCAACUGUGACAUUCUAGCGUUCCUUUAGCGCUCAAAGAUGCACCCCUUGGUAGAACUUAAUUACCUGGCAUAACUUGGUUUUCAACAAUGCAGUGAAAACAUGUCUGAUUUUGUAUUACAACUCCAUGACCUUUUGAGUGACACACCGGGAUGUAACCCGCGGAUGCAAAAUAAAACGCAAUCAAA